CUCCAGCGGACCUUAAAGAUCGAUUCUCCUCUCGUGGAGUGACGUCAUAGGUCAGAGGUCGAGAUGUGGCCGCCCGUGACGUGGACAUCUGUCUGUGGCUUGCUCAGCCUACUGCUCUCUGUGGCACAGCCCGUGGCGUCAGCGCAAUGCCCCAGUGACUGGGCCAACUACUCCCGGAGAAACUCUUGCUUCAAAAUAUAUUCUACCUUAGAGAGCCUCUAUUGGGCUACACAAAACUGCAAAAAAAAGUUGGGCGGACCUCAGAACAAUACUGAGGGAUACCUAGCCCGCAUCUUUGACCAACAGACGGACGAGUUUUUGAAAC